ACUCAUCUCUUUACUCCUUUUUCCCCUUACCAUUUAUACAUUAAUACAUCAUGGGUCAAUUGAAGAAAGAGAAGAACAGAGUCAAGGCUACCGGCGGCUCCGAUGGCCUCGGUAAUGUCAAGGUUAAAGGCGAGAAUUUUUAUAGAGAUGCUAAAGCUGCUAGACAAGUGCAGCUCUUGAAAGGAGGCAGAGCUAUCCGUAACGCCCAGGGUAAAAUCAUCAAAGCCGCAGCCUUUCAGAGUAAGACUGUGGAACCUGGCCGUGUCGCGCCCAAUCGCAAAUGGUUCGGGAAUACCAGAGUUAUUGGACAAAAAGCUCUUGAGAGCUUUAGAGAGAAUCUGGCUGCCAAAGUCAACGACCCCUUUCAGGUCCUCUUGAGACAACACAAGCUUCCUAUGUCUCUUCUACAGGACCCUGUUCAUGUGGGGAAGAUGCAUGUAUUAGAAACAGAGCCGUUUAGCGAUACUUUUGGAAACAAAGCCCAACGCAAGCGCCCAAAGCUGUCUUCAGGCAGUCUUGAGGAUUUGGCAGCUAAAGUUGAAUCGACAUUAGAAAACUAUGAUGAGAAAUCUGAUAAGAAUUUGACUUCCAAUAAGGUCACGGACUGGAUUGAGGAGGCAAGAGACAGCGUCUUUCAAAAAGGACAGUCCAAACGUAUCUGGGGAGAGUUGUACAAGGUCAUCGAUUCUUCGGAUGUUGUUAUCCAUGUUUUGGAUGCUCGCGACCCUCUGGGAACCCGCUGCUCGAAUGUUGAAUAUCACAUCAAGAAAGAAGCUCGCCACAAACAACUCAUUUUUGUCCUCAACAAGUGCGAUCUCGUUCCCACUUGGGUUACGGCGAAGUGGGUCAAGACACUUUCCAAGGAAUACCCCACCCUAGCUUUCCACGCCUCCAUCAACAACUCCUUUGGAAAAGGAUCCUUGAUCCAGCUUCUUCGCCAAUUCUCUGCUCUUCAUUCAGAUAAAAAGCAAAUCUCGGUCGGCUUCAUUGGCUACCCUAACACCGGAAAAUCCAGCAUCAUCAACACACUCCGCGGCAAGAAAGUUUGCAAUGUUGCCCCUAUUCCCGGAGAGACCAAAGUCUGGCAGUAUAUCACUCUCAUGAAACGUAUUUAUUUGAUUGAUUGCCCUGGUGUUGUUCACCCUUCUACCACAGACACAGAGACAGACAUUGUGCUCAAGGGAGUUGUUCGUGUUGAGAACGUCAAACAGCCUGAUGACUAUAUUCCCGAGCUUCUCAAUCGUGUCCGUCCAGAAUAUAUUCAGCGCACCUAUGAGCUGGAUCAUUGGGAAGACUCCGUGGACUUUUUGACUCAACUUGCCAAGCGUACCGGAAAGUUAGUCAAAGGAGGUGAGGCUGAUCUUGGUAGUGUUGCCAAGAUGGUUUUGAAUGACUGGCUCCGUGGCAAGAUCCCUUACUACACCCCACCUCCUGAAGGUGAUAAACCUGCAGGAGAGGCAGGAGAGGCAGGAGAGGGAACAGCCCCUCAUAAUUAUGUCGACUCCUCAGUGCCACAGGUUGAGCAGAUUUUCUCAAAGAUCCCUGUUAUGCAAAAGUUCAUGCCUGAUGAUCUGGCUAAAAAUGCAUUCCUCAUAGAAGAGGAGAGGAGCAAGCAGGAGAGCAGUGCUCCUGAAGGUAUUCUCCCAGAUGAGGUUGACGAGGACGAUAUCAACACUGACAAUGAGGAAGCAGAUGAGGAUGAGGAUGAGGGAAAGAAAGGCAGAUCCAGCAGUGCGUCCGUUAAAACCCGUAAGAGUAAGGCACAGCUUCGCCAAGAGAAGAAGACCAAAAAGGAGUCUAAGGCUGUGGAAGCCAAAGCUAGCAGUGCAAUUUCUGGAGAGAAGCUUGAUUGGGAUGAUGUCUUCGCCAACGUUGUGGGAGAGACUGUGGAUACUAUCCCUGGUCAGGAAGAUAAAGAUGAUGAAGAGGAUGUUGACAGUGAGCUCGAGCUUUCCGAUGAGGGUGCAGAACGUAAGCAAAGGAUCAAGAAACGUGCUGCACUAAAGCGUGCCGCAGCUGCAGCCACAGGACCAGCUGGCUUUGAGGUCAGGGAUGUGAAGAAGACUUCAAAGGGUACCAAGCGGAAGCACAUUGAGGAGAAUGAAAUGAAAGACGAAGAAGAUGUCAAGCCUAUCAAGGAGGCCCGCAUGACCACGAACAAGGGUAAGGUUGGCACCCAUUACUAUGAGACGGCUAACGUCAAGAACAGGAACCGUAACAAGGUCAAGCCCGAAGAUCCUCAUAAGCUCGCAACAAAACUUCGCGACCAGGGCAAGAAGCGUCGCCAGUAAAUUCCUUUCCAUUUUUAAAUUUAGACGUUAUUUUUGUCUCUCUACUUUUCUUAUACACAUCUUUACCAGUAUUGCUCCACCUGUCAUGUAUAAUAAACCUUAUGUAUCGCAAAUU